GAAGAGGGAAUCCAUCGUUUUAGAUCACCCACCGCACAGAUCGCAAAGCGAUGCAAACUCCAUCGUUCAUCCUCUGCACAUCUCUCAAAGCAACCAGUGGAUGAUCCAACGGUGGAUUCGAUCUCACUUUAAUCUUUUUUUACUCGUAUCGAUGCGGCCGUCCCCAAAUAAGUCCCCCGUAAGGACCAUCACUGCUCCAUCAUCUAGAGCGCCUCCUCCCCAAUCUGCCGCUCGUUCCGUGGACCCUUACGAUGGACCCGACCGGCCACCCUCCGCACAACCCCCGCUUCGGCUCGAUCCCCCCCAACCCUCGCGGCGUCGUCGGUGCCGCCGCCGGCCACCGGCGAGCCUACUCCGAGACGUUCCUUCCCCUCCCCGACGACCUCCUCUUCGACUCUGACCCCGACUUCGGCAUCUCCGACAUCGAGUUCCCCUCCCUUUCAGAUGACAGCCUCUCCGCAGGUGGCGGCCCACCGCCGGUCGACUCAGGGAGGUCGGAUCCGCCGGCGGUGGAGCAGGGGAGGGUGGGAAGGCCCGCAGGGGGUAAUCACCUCAGGAGCCUCUCUGUUGAUGCCGCGUUCUUCGAGGGGCUGGCGUUACAGGGGCCGCCCCCUAGCAGCAGUGGCGGCGGGGUGCAGGACAGGAGAGGCCUCCACCGGCGGAGCGGAUCGAUGGACGGGGCUACGUCGCUGUUCGAGAGGGACUCGGCGCCGGCGUCGUCGGAUCACGCGAAGAAAGCAGUGGCGACAGACAAGCUCGCUGAUCUGGCCCUGAUCGACCCCAAAAGAGCAAAAAGGAUUCUUGCAAAUAGGCAAUCUGCUGCCAGGUCAAAGGAGAGGAAGAUUCGGUACACCAGCGAACUUGAGCGGAAGGUUCAGACACUUCAGACAGAGGCAACCACUCUCUCAGCACAGCUUACUCUUUUGCAGAGAGACACUACUGGUUUGACAACAGAGAACAGAGAACUCAAGUUGCGAUUGCAGGCUAUGGAGCAACAGGCUCAUCUUCGUGAUGCUCUGAACGAGGCUCUGAGGGAGGAAGUGCAAAGGCUUAAGAUAGCAACUGGACAGCUUCCAAAUAUCAACGGAAAUCGCUUCAAUUGGGGACUUCAGCAGAAUGUGCCCCCCUAUCACCAAAGCGGACAUCAGGCUCAGCAUCGUCGAUCUUCAUCUCAGAGUUCUUCAAAUGGCCAAUCAAUGAGCAGUCCAUCUCUCAAUGACCAAAUGGACUUCAUGUGAGGGCAUAAUCGAUCACCAGCUACAGUUGCUGCUAUCUCCGGAUGAAAUUCAGCUAAGGUGAAGCAUAGUUCUUGUAUAUUAAUGCAUGUCUUCUAGGGAAUUGUUGUUCUUUGUAUGUUAAUUAUAACAAUAUUUGUAUCCAAGAUCCUUGACUGGAAGUAUAUUUUAAAAAAAUCAGUUUGAUAUUUCGGUGCUUA